AUGCCGGAGGUAUUCUAUCCCGUUUGCACCUUUCCAGACGAUGACGCCGGCGUUGUCGCUGGCCCUGACAUGCGCGGCACCCUCGACAUUGUCUGGAGCUGUCUCGCCGUCGUUAUCCUUUGCAUCUGGGUCGUCCUGCACGAUGUUGAAACACGGCCAGGCGAACCACUGGCAGACAAGGAGGGAGGCGUGUUUGUGAACAUUGGCGCACCAAGCCCUACCGACUCAUCGACGACUGACGUUACAAGCAACUCCGAUCUCCGAUCCAAACUGCUCAAAAUGUUCGACCGACACGACGGGAAUAGAUGGUUCAUCUUUCAACUUCCUGCUGUCGUCCAGGGCCGCUGGAAAAAGGACCUCCAAAACAUGGCCCUCAUCGAGUCCGCCCUCAAGGCCACAACCACCUCCGAUUUCGGCUCCCACACUCUCCAGUCAUACUUCCAGAAUUUAAUGGUCCUCCGCGGCAACAUCUGGAUCGUCGACGGCAUCCAUCUCCAACUCGGCAACGAUAACAUCCACCAUAGGGUGGGCAAGGAUUCCGCACCGGUGAUGAUUGUUAUUUGCGGUUUCAUCGCGAUGGUCUUUGGCUCGGUGCAUUUUGCAUCCUGGCACUCGCGUUUCCCGACGUGGGGUGAGCCAGUUGGGGUGGAGGGUUGCCUGUGUGAUUCUGCUAGUCAUUCCAGUGCCCAUUUGUGGGUUAAUGCUGUUGGACCAUCAUUUAGAGAGCAAGAGAAGGGAGAAAAAGCAGAAGAUCCAACCGGGUACAACUUUGAAGGGAAUCUCGUUUGCGCUUGA